ACUAUUUAGAAAAAGAGAAAACCUUUCUCCUGCUAAGAUCAUAAAAAUCAGCUUUAGAUACUCGUAAAAGAUGUUUUUGUAAAGGCUUUUCAUUAUUAAUAGUUCUCCUAACUCACAGAGCCACACAGCAGUGCUUACCAAGGUAACCUCUCCUCUGGUACAAUAACUUUCACCAAUGAUGUGCUUCUUCCUUAAAGGAAGGCGGAGUUAGGAGUUAGUGUCAGGGCCAUAAAUAAGAGGGUCCUAUGUCAGGGAAAUUAGAAGUCAGUUAACAUGAGGGUGUACUCGGAGUGAGCAUUAGAGGGCUUUCCUAAACCAUCCACGUCUGCUGAAUUUGAACUGCACGCGGAAGAAAUCAGCGAGCCCUUAGGAGGCUGAGACACAAACCCGCCCGUAAGAACGCACUUUCUCCUGCCUGGCCGACUCGCCGUGCUGAAGGCAACAUGCCUGCUGUUCCCAGGACCCUGCUGCUGUCCGCGCUCCUGCUGCUGAGCCCGCGCCCCGAGGAGCUGGCGGAGGGGUGCAGCUGUGCCCCCGCGCACCCGCAGCAGCUCAUCUGCGACUCGGCUCUAGUGAUUAGAGCAAAAAUAUCCAGCGAAAAGGUGGUUCCUGCCAGUGAUGAUCCUCUUGAUACCCACAAAAUGAUCCGGUAUGAAAUCAAACAAAUAAAGAUGUUUAAAGGAUUUGAAAAGCUCAAGGAUGUCCAGUAUGUCUAUACCCCUUUUGAUUCGUCACUCUGUGGAGUGAAACUGGAAGCUAACAACAAAAAACAGUAUCUUUUGACAGGUCAAAUUUUAAGUGAUGGUAAAGUCCUCAUCCAUUUAUGCAACUACAUUGAACCAUGGGAUGAUUUAUCCUUGUCUCAAAAGAAGAGUCUUAAUCAGAGAUAUCAAAUGGGCUGUGGCUGCAAAAUCACUACCUGUUACAUGGUGCCCUGUUCCAUCACUACACCAAAUGAGUGCCUCUGGACAGACUGGCUGAUAGAAAGAAAGCUAUAUGGGCACCAAGCCAAGCACUAUGCCUGUAUCAAGAGAAGUGAUGGCACUUGCAGCUGGUACCGAGGUGGUCCUCCCCCAGAGAAAGAGUUUAUAGAUAUCAGUGAACCUUAAAAUGAUCACUUCCUUAAAAGCCUUGGAGUCUAAUUCCAUCAAACAUUGCACGCUCACAGCUUUGAACUGCCAUCGUCUAAUGUAUCUGUUGCUUAGAAACAAAAACAAAUUGUCCUGUACAGCUAAAGUACGAGUCUGUGGAAUUGGCACUCAUGCAAGAUGAGGAACAAAUCUCCUGGAGGUAGCUACUCUGUAAAGUUAUGCUUUGUACAGAGAGGCUCAAGCUGAGAAUGCUCCUCUGUGUCCUCUAAGGCAUAACAAGUUUCCCUUUUACCAAUAUGAAAGUACAAGAUCAAAAGAAUUGCCAAAAUUUGGUCCCCUAUUUCUGUUAACUACAAAUUAAGAGAGCCCCAUGGUUUAUUACAAAUCUUUCUGAUGAACUACGAAAUGUUUUAUAGAACUAUUUUUUUCUGUAUGAAAGUCUUGUGAUACAAAAGAAUUAUUGUACAGUGUAUAUGUAAAGUAUUAUAACAAUGUGCUAUAAAAAAGCUCAGAAAUCCCUGUAUUUCCUUAUCUGUUGAAACAAGUUGAAUACUUCUGUGAUUAAAACAAUCCGUGCUCCAUAUUUUGUAUGUUACUUAUGUCAUAGCUUUCUUUAUCUACAGAUAAAGUUGUAACUUUCAUUGAUAACUGAGUUAAAAACCAGCCUUGAUAAUCAAAAUCCUCUUACCUAAUUCAGUAUUUCUAUGGACUAGCUAUAUGUUGUUGAAAGAAAAGCCAGAUGUUCUAAUGCUUCAGCAUUUUAUGGAACCAAGGCAAAUAAUGACAGGCUAAAACUGCUUAUAUUUACAGAAAUCAUGUCCACCGUCACAGCAGCUGUAGUACUUGGUAAUGCCUCUCUAAAUACAUGAAUAGGUCAUUGUAUUUCAGCACUGUUAAAAGCCUUGACUUUAGAAACUCCUGUAAAAAUAUAUGUGAUAGAUAUUGCAUAACUUACACAGCAAGUGAUGUCUAAAAGGCUCUCAAAUAUUUGACUGUAUCUAAUAGGUUAAAUUUACAUUAAUGUUUUUUCAUUCAUGAAAACCCAUCAUACUCUUGUCAUAAUGAAUUUGGUUACUCAUGAACUUAUACUAGAGAAGCAUUACAAUGUAUUUUGCCUUUUAGUAUUUUAGUGUCUUUUAUGAAUUGAUUACUGCAGACAGUAACUAAUCUCACAUCUCUUUAAGUUUACAAAAGUAAUUCAAUUCACAGUGGUAAAACUUAAGAAAUUAUUUCCAUAAAUGCCAAAGUUUAGACAGUUGUCCCAACUGCUUGUGUUCUAGAAACUUGAUGGGAAGUGUCACGCAGGAUAUGAAUCUGUAAUAGCUGUCAUUUCUGACAUAUUUCAUUCUCAUUUUCUCCACUGAAUUUCUUUCACUUCAUUCCAGUUGUGGCUAGAAAUUACUCUCAUGUAUUCCUCAUAUGAGAAUUUAGAACAACAGGCAGAGAUGUAGACAGUUCUGUUCAUGUUUGGUUAGGUCAGGUCUAUUUAAAGGUUUAACACAAACAUUUCAGUCAUUCUUGUUAACCAUAGUGUGACAUUUUCAGCCUAUGGGCUCAUUAAGAAUUAGAGCUGUUAUUGUCUAUUGGUUCAAGGGUCCAGAUUUGCAAAUAGUUCCUUUAGUCUGCUAUAGAGUCCCUGUAAAACCUCUGGGACUUACACUUGCAAAGAUAUGCACUUCUCUAAGUGUAUAGCAAUCUCUAAUUCCAUUAAUUUCAAUGAAGUAGUAGUUUGGACAUAAAAUUCAUCAUGCCCCAUGUGUCUUGUCACACCCUAAGAUAUAUUGUAUUGGAUAUAUAACAUACACUUGCAAAAAAACCCUGUAUAAAUGAUUUGUGACAUCUUCUGUUCAUGUUUCUAAUGUUUGACAAUUGCAUGAAUACAUAUUUAAAGGGAAGGUUUUAAAACACUCUUGUGAGAAUAAAUAUUCUUAUUUACUUUUUUUGUGGCUAAACAUACAAUUCCAAUGAAGUGCAAAUGGUGCAAGGCCAACAGGCAAGCAUGCUGUUGUUCCUGUGAGGAGUAUUUGCCCCUUAAUUGUCAGUGUUUCACCUUUUAUUUAAUAUAAAUCAGUUUUUCUCAAUUUUAAUUUACAAUCCUAAAUUAAAACACCAUGUAUUUGUGCUGCCAAAUAUAAAGCCUAGUUCAUUUUCUGCUUUGCUAAAGACAAACAAAAAAUCACCUAACACUCAUUUGGACCAUAGACUUAUUAUGGUUACUUACAUAAAUGAAAUAAAAGGGCUACAUUUCUUCCAAAAAGUAACUGAUACUUGCAGAGACAAUAUUGAGAGUGCUAUUUAUUCAGCACUGGACAUUUAUAUUACCAAUUUACGGACAGACUUAAAAAACAGGCCUUAUUUCCUCACGUCAAACCAAAACAAUUUUGACAGCCUGCAAGAGCUUAAUAACCAUACAAAGUCUGAAGCAAGCACAUGGCUAAUUAAUAUUCAAUACACGUACAGUGUAGCAUUUGUUUCCAAAUCCAUUUUGAUGUAACGGUGUCUUUUGAAUAGCGCUCCGUGGCAAACAGAUAUUUUUGCUUUUUUAAACUCAUAGUUCUUUUUCUAUCUCAGUUUUAGAGUAACUAGACCUUAAACUUAACUAGCCCAACUCAGAUUGACUUCUCUAUGUACCUUGUAAAAAUAAAUGUUUUCUUCGAUAUUUAUGAACAAACUGUAAUAUGAAUGUAUGCCAUAAUUAGUUUAAAAAACAUUUUAUAUUCAACCUGCCAUGAAAUAUCCUAUAUGAGGUGUUCCAAAAUUAAUAGCUAUCCACUUUGAUUUCCGUCUGAGCAUAAAUUUGGCCAAACUUACAACAAUGGAUGGUACAAAGAUUAUUUUUUUCUCAUAUCAAUAAAUAUGGCAAGAAAAGCUUUACAAAAAACCCUCUCAGAAUGAGUUUUUAUUUUCCCUGCAAUUCAACACUGAUGAAGAUUAAUAAAAGGAUUUAUUUACAAUGUGGCAUUCUGAAUAUGUUAUUUUCCGAUCAAGGUUUUUACUGUAGUGGCAUUGAUAUAUUAUCAACAGCAGAUUAUUUUUACAUCAUUUUAUUUUUACUUUUUGAAACUGUGUAUGUGCUAUAUGAAAAGUUAGAGCAUAAAUAUAGCCUGGUACAACAUUUCAUUUUAAUUUGAAAAUUAUUCAUAUGACUCAUGAUAAGAGUAGAGAAAAGAAUGGAGGAAGAAGACUGUACAGGUGAAUGGUGGAAAAAACUACACCAUGAUUAUUGCUGGCUUUUUCUCAAUGUUCCAGUUAAGUUUUAAUUAAAUUGUCCAACAAUUACAUUGAAAAAGCUGUUUGGUGGUUUGUUUGUUGUUUUUUUUUUUGUUUUUGUUUUUGUUUUUUUUUAUGACAGAGAACAUAAGUGGGAAUGUAGUGAAAGAAAGGGAACUAAUUACUGAGGGAAAGGCUGUAGAUAUGACUCAACUAGCAAUGAGUUCAAAAAGCCUUACAGCAUUUUGUAUAGUUUUAAUCAGUUUGAGAUGAAUGUUUCUGUUUCAAAAAGUGUUUCAUUAAAGCAGCUCCAUUUUUACACAAAA